GAAGAUGGCAAUGCUGGAAGCCAAAGCAACCCAGGUUCACCUGUACGACCCUUACAACGACGACUACUACCAGACGGUGCCCCUGGAUUCUCACCAGGCGAUGUACGUCAGCUCCGAUUACUACGGCAACCAGAUGGGAGCACCCGGAAUGGCCCACAUGAUCAUCCGUGAAGACCCCUACCGUGUCUCCGGAGACCAGAUGGCCUUGGGCUUGCUGGCGGGGGCCGCCAGCGGGGCAGCCCUGGGGUCCUUAAUGUGGAUGCCGUGCUGGUUCUGAGACUCCUUCGUCCGUCUCCCGUGUCC